CACGGUACCGCCAGAAAUCUUAAGUGGGAGUCGAACCAAGGCUGGGCAGUGCGCGGGAGCACCUCUGAAAAUGGACCCAUUUGAGUUUCAGUGCGAAAAAUCAAAGACACGUGAUAGGUCCGUUUUGGCUCUUCUACCGACGACCCAGUACAUUCUUACACAACAAGAGGACCGACGACACUGACAAAAAAUUCCUCAGCUUCGGUGAAAGGACGUUGAACGCCUCUAUGGAAGUGCACCUACCCGGAAGACAGUCUAAGGCGCACGCAAACAUCAUUCAGCGGAGCUCGGCGCAUCAGGCUUCAAACUCUCACAAAACGAAAGCCAAGGCGACCCCGGUCUCAAGCUUUGAACUCUCCCGACCCAAUCGAAUCGAGUACCGAACCAACCAAAGAUAACAAGAAACUCUGUCUCUACAGUGCGACUCUAUCUAGUACAGUACUAUGAAGACCAUCAUCUCAGUACUCUUGGCCUCGUUGGCCACAAUGGUGGGAGCCCAAAGCUCCUACUAUGCCACGUCCAAUGUCAACGGAGGCAGUAGUAGUAGUUCCUCCUCUAGUUAUGGGACUUCGUACAAGAAUAACUACUACGGAUACAGUGGAGCCUACGGUACAAAUCUCUUUGCCGAAACCGACAGCAGCUACUAUGACGGAUAUCAGCAAUCAUGGCGAUAUUUGGGUUGGUAUGUGAAGUGCGGAUACCCCUCGGACAGGUACGACGACAGUGGAAGCGGCAGUCAUUCAAAUUCCGAUGAAGGCCAGAGAUGGGAGGGCAACAACUAUUGUCAGAGAUAUUUGAUUUGGGCGGCUUACGUCGACGAGAGUUACCAAGGCGGCGGUAUUGGAGAAUAUUCUUACUACGAUCCAUACAGUGGGGCCUGGGACGACUCCGCCUGUGACGUGCAUGGCAAUGGACGUUGUGCUCCCAUGGAUUGUCACCUCAGCAACACAACGACUUGGAAGCUGAUGGGAGUUUUCAAGGAGGCAAGUUACUUUGGAGACGAUGCGUUCUUUGAGCAGCUGUUUAAGCACGAGGGAGUCUGUCUCUGGAAUGAUGACGACUUGUACGAAUUCAUGUCCGAGUCUCGCGAGGAGAAAUGGACUCAGGGAUGCGUGAACACUGGAAUUCAAGGCAAUGGCUACUACUUUGACGACAGCAGCUACGGCAAUGACAACGGAAAUUACCUCUACCUUGACUUGAAGCCAACGUGGAACGGAAACAUGACCUACGGACUUUACACAGACAGUGCUUGCAAGUAUGAAUAUGAAGGUCUUGACAUUGAUCCUGAUUCAGUGUCGGCCAGCAUGGGUCUUUUGUAUGGUAGCUACCUAGAAGCCUGGAAUGACGCGCUUGAAGUUUACAAGGUUUGCCAGCCAUGCAAGGCGUACAACUUGCAGCAGCAGUCCAGUUCAUGGCAGUACAACUCUUCUGCUGGUGCCUAUCAGUACUACAAGAACGAUGAUGAUGAUGACAGCCAUGAUGAUAAUGAUGACGACUCCUUGGCCAACGAUCCGAAUGAAGGUUACUUUCAGUGCGACGAUGACGCCGGCUACUCAAAUGUCAACCAAUGUAUGAAAUUCCGAUCACACGCAGAACUCGAGGUGGCCACCUGGGAGGAUCUUGUCACCGCCACAAACCAAGGAGGAAUCCUUCAAGUGGAUGUGGGUGGAACUAUCUUUGGGUCGGAACGGAUGUCAUCGGAGCAGUACAAGUACAUGACUCGGAUGCGAAGAAGUGAGCUUGCCGAGGAGGCCAAAAAGUACUCUGCGAUGAUUGCUGAAGUCAAUGCUUUGGAACCUGAAGCGCAGGAGUGGAACGGGCGUGGAAGACUUCUUAUGACUGUUGGCGCGGCCCUAUUCGUUAUCACUCUUUUCCGUUGGUGCAAGAGAUGCUUUUGCUCAAGACGGGAGGAAGAGGUCGACAUUUCCAAGCCUCUAUUGGAGGUACCUCCAGGAGACCUUUACGAAACACUUGCAAGGGAGCACGAAGAACGAGUAGCCGCAAGCAGAUCUUACGACACUGCUACAAGCAGAUCGUACGAAACUCAAUAGGGUAUGUGUUGGUGCUUUUUGAAUUCCUGUCUCUACUGUGCAUGCUUGGUCUAUCGUGGGAUCCAUAUUAGUUACGAAUAAUACUUUAAAAAAAUACUACUUCU